AUGACAAUUAUUGGCAUUGAUCUCAGGAGUUUGUCCAAGAUUGAACCAAGAACAGAAAUUGAACCUGUGGUACUAUCAAAAUCAGAAGGCCCACUUUAUGAGAGGCUCAGUUUUUCAUAUGACAUAAUACACAGAGAAAAUAUCAGUAUAAAUUUCAACAAACUUCAAUAUCUUAAUUUCUCCAGUGAUGCAUCUAGUGAAGAAGAAGAAGAAGAAGAAGAAGAAGAAGAUGAAGAAGAAGAAGAGGAGGAGGAUGAAGAUAGCAACUGGAAUGAAGAAUAUGAGGAAGAAGAAGAGGAAGAAGUACCCAUGCUUGAUAGGGUAGUAGUGAAAGAAGAGCCAAAGCUGAUUGAAGCUGCUGCCCUAGAGGUUGAAGCAAAGCCUAGCAUCGCCGCCGUCAUACCAAAGAAAAGGGAGAAGCUCAAGAGGCGUGUGUCCUGGGCUGAUGACAUCAAGCCCCUGGAGACUAUCAUCCCUGACAACACCAGUGAUGACAUCUUUCGCAUCAAAUACUCGUCUGCAUGUGAGCUCUCUCCUGCUGAUGAAGGUGGAGAAGGUGCAAGUGGGACGACAGCCAUGAUGGCGGAGAGCCAGGGUGGCAAAUCCCUAAUGGUCAGGAGCCCCUCAGAUAUCUACAAGGUUUUUGGGGGUGCCAGUGCGAGCCAUGAACCUCACCCUCGAGGAAUACUGAAGAAAUCCUCGUCUUUGCCUCUGCAAGGUGAAAGUGAAUCCAAUAACAAAGGUGGUUGGCGCUAUGCCCCAGAGUCGGUUGAAAUAGUGACAGAAGAUAUGGACGAUUUGCCACUCCCUAAGCCCCUCAGACCGUCUCCUCCACUGAAGAGAAAGUCACUGCAACCGGCCUUCUCGUACAAGGUUGUGGAACGGAACGUAGGAGAAAAGGAGGAGAGUGGUGAUGCACAAACGGGUGCCGUUGCUCAACCAGAAUCAGGUGACGGGACACAGACCAAGAAGAUAUCGAAGUUCAAGGCUUCCAGAAUGAAAAAAUAAUGGGACAGGAAGAUAAAAAGGAUUUUUUUCCCCCAGUUGUGUAAAGGACUGGAGUAGAGAACUGGAUGGGUGGCAAAAUUGCAAAGUAGGUUUGGUGAAAUAUUUCAAAGAAGAAUUUAUUGUGAACUUGAAUGUAUUUAUUUUCAAGGAGUAGAGUUGUGACCCCUGUACAUGUAUAGUACCAUUAAAAGAGUGUAAAUGAGUAUGAUAAAUGUGUACAAUUAGACAUAUCAAUUUUUGACAAGAUAAUUUCAAGCUGCAUGUAAACAAUGACUGUAGUCUUCACAUAGUAUCGGUCUUGUCCACAUAAUCUCUGCCAUAGACAUUUUCUUAUGUGAAUUGUUUGCCAAAUUAUAUGAGACAUUCUUGUGGGAUCAAGAAUAAAGAGGGGGAUUCAAACCCUCUUGCAUUCUUGCUUUGAAAGGCAUAUCAGUUAGUGUUAAUCAUGCUUGCCAUUAUCCUAUUUAUAUUCACCGAAGCAUAUCUUGUAUUUUUAUACCACUAGAGCAUUUAGAAGGAAACUUAGGGAGAGCCAAUGGAGCAACUUUCAAACAGAGAGCUCGUAGCAACAAUACAAAACUAUGAUUUAAAACUACCUUGUCAUACUAGACCUCUAAUUAUCCUAUAUGCUCAUAACUGGUGUCUUAAUUGUCCCUUGAGUGUAGCUCUUUAGCAUAUAUGUGAAACUGAGUGUUUGUAUUGCAAGGCCCAGAGAUGCAGAUAUCAUACACUGUCAUUAUUCCAGUAAUGAUAAAAUGUGUGAGGUUGAAUGUUAAUUAUCAGCAAAUUUCAUGAAAGAUUCAAUAGUGGAAUUUCAAAAAUUUACAGUGGUGUUAAACUGAGCCUUGAAAUAAUAACAUAGGAAAGAAGAAUAAAUAUAGUGGCCAUGUGUUAAUGUUAAAGUUUUAUUGUAUAUAGUUCAAUGAUGAACUAGUUACAUGCAUUUAAGCACUGAAAAUGCAUAUCCUGUUAUAAAAAAUUUAUGCAGAAUGGACAUAGAAAGAUUUCAGAUUGUGUAUAAUUAAACUAUAGGUCAUAUCAAUAACAUUGAUAUUUGUUCUUUUAAGUCACGUUCUUGUGAGCACUGAACAUAAAACAAAUUAUAUUAUGGAUGUGUGUAUUUAUAUACAUGAGUUUAAAGGAAAGAGACUGAUGUAUACUUGUUUGUUAUAAGAAAUAUUAAAUGUGAGCCUUGAUACAUUGGAAGGACUUAUAAUUCUAUGAGCCUAAGUCUAAAAUACAGUACUGUACUUAAAUCUGAACACUACUUUAAGCUGAAAUAUAAAUAGGUAUAGCUUUACCUUCACCAAACUUUUAGAAAAUGCACAACUACAACUGAGUUAAGCUGAAGGUUUGUAAAUCAGUUUUAAUUCAUCGUCUAGUUUUAUUUAGUUCCAUGGAAAUUUUCUUUUUAAGUGUUUUUGAAGUUCCUAUUUUCACCAUCCAAGAAUUUAUAUCUUUAGUUCUCUAACACCAUUAACAUCCCUUGGUUUCAGGAAUAACAUCUUGUUUGGUCUGCUGUGAUAUUAAAUUCCGACAAUAGUCCUGCAACUUGCAAUGCUAAAGAGGGAAUGCUUGCACUCCUUAAUUUCGCUUUUCGUGAUGGUGCUUUGAUAUUCAUUACAUUGCUGAAUAUUAAUCAUCUCGGUCUUUUACUUUCGCCUUUUCUCUUAAUUUGGAGGUCUGGCUUUGGCAGUUUUAGACCAGCAAUAAAUACAAAUUGUGUCCAAAGUAUGACUUAAAUGAUUAUACAGUUAUUUUUGUAAGUAUUACGUGAUCAUGUUUUAUAGUUAAUGUUCUCAAUAUUUUACUGUGAUAAUGUUACAAAGUUAAAUGAACACCUUUGCCAAGUUGCAUAAGGUGUCAUCUUCCAAGUCUUCAGCCUGUGAAGCGUUAAUUUAUACAAAUGCUAAUAAAUCCUAUAAUGAGC